AAUUACUAUCCUUAGAGAUUCUAUGGUAUAGUUUGGUUCAUUUAAGAUUUUUACUUCAUUUGAAUAUGCUUUCUUUCACAUAUAGUGUCACUCCCCCACCAGUAUGACCUGGUUCACUGAUUCAGAUACCGCCCUUCUCCCAGUCUCCUUCCUUGCCCAGAAUUCCCAUUGCCGCUUUCAGGAAAGUGGCACUACAUAUCCCAGUAGAGAUGUUGCUGUUGCAGAGUGGAACUCUUGGGAUUAAUCUCCCAGUAGCCCUGUAGACACUAAAAAGUCCUGAGGGAGUAUGUAAAGCUAUGGUAAGAUGUGGGGCUGUAGAUUUAGUUUUGUCACAUUGCUUAGUUGUCAUAUAUUUUUACUCUGACGGUUGAGAUCUCAUCCUAUUGUCUAAGCACGGACACUUCUUGACCCUGUAUAAAACAUACAGUCCCGCACACUAAGAAGCUUAGUCUAAAAGAUAAACAGAAAAUAAGAUGGGAAGAAGGUGUUACAUUCAAGCAUUUUCCUGAGUCACCAUUUUCUGUUUUGUAGACGAGGCUGAAGGGAUCCCUGCUGAUGGCAAUAGGUAUUUGGGAUGAGACCCCUUGACUUGUUCUUAUGUCCUUGGUCUGAUAGGAAGAGUGUAUAAAUCAGCCACUGAUACUUGCUACAUUAUAGAAAUCUGCCAGUUAAUGAAGAUUUAGCUUAAUUGGCAGUUGGCUAUUUGACUCUUAAAGAGAGAUACAUCUGCAUUUUUGAGUUUUGUAGAUUUAUAAUUGUAUCUACUUGACUGUUUUCCUUCCCCCUCCUUUGUAAACUCUGGGGCAAGGACUGUCUCUCUGUGUCUGUAUAACAUGCAGCACAACGGGGCUCUGAUUCUGAGUGGGGGACUGUAUCACUGCAAUACACAUAAUCUGAGAAUAUGACUGGCUGCCUUGAUCAUGUAUCCAGGGCUUCCAUCAACAGACCCCAGAGCUGGCCUGGAGUAAUCCUGUUGCCCUCUCCGGAGAGGUCUGACCGGUCUCAGGGCUUCAGUUCUGAGUUUCAAAGGAAUAAACUGUCCCAGAAGCUGAGCUGGAUCCUCUGUACCUUUCUGAUAAGCUGCAUUGCCCAGUUUAGUUCUGCUUCCCAGGACCAAACCGAUGGCUGGCUAGUCUGUCGGAUGCAGUGGUCACACCUGGAUGUGACACAAGCAAGUUUAUCGUGCAACAAACUUUCUUUUCCUUGGGACAGGCCCUUGUCAUCAAAGCCAUUCUCCCCUGGAGUUAAUAUGGUCAGCGUGGGAAUUGGCACAAGGCCAGGCCCAGCAAGAGGUGCCAGCUCAGGAUUGAGAUCUGACACUGAGACCGAUGAGACCAUCCUGCAGAGGAGACAGAAGCAGAUAGACUAUGGGAAGAAUACUAUUGGCUACCAGCACUUCCUACAACAGGUCCCCAAGGCCGCUCGGCAGUCAGGGAUUCACCCCCGAACUCCAAAUAAGUACAAGAAAUAUAGCCGCCGCUCCUGGGACAUGCAAGUCAAGCUGUGGAGACGGGCAUUGCAUGCUUGGGACCCGCCCACCCAGCAUCCUCUCCUGUGUGGACAAGGACUUCCAAGGCAGGAGCUGGUGAGUCUCUCAGGAAUGAUGGAGACAAACUCUUUAUGCGGCUUCUCAGAAGAUUGGCCUGGUGCCCUGAGGCCUCUUGAAAAUCUGCCAGGAGAAUCACUGGGCGGACAGUUUGCUGGCCUGUCAUCUCCUGGCUGCUCCUCUCCAUGGCUGCCCCAGAUCCACUCCAACUUGCUGCCCUUCCUAGGACACACGCACACCUGCCCAUACUGCUCCUGGAUGGGGCUAUGAGGAGAGUCCAGAGCAUUUUCUGCCUCUGAAACGACAGCAUUUGGGGAGUGGGCAGAGCUCAGGCAUCAAGUUUCAUACAAGCCCAGCUGCUAGGAUCUCCUGAGCUCAUGGAGGACAUGAGAUUAUCCUGAAGCUUGCCCCAGGGACAAGGGGGUGUUAGUGUUGAGGCUUGGAGCUGAGCAUCAGACCGCUUACACAAUGCACAAACCGAGAGAUAGCUGCUGGGUUUGUAUCUCCUCACACAGCCCAACUUCCCAUGGUGUAGAGAGAGUUUGUCACCUGAGUACCUGUAACCCCAGGCAUUGCAGUGAAUACCAGCAUGCAUAGGACCAGUUCUUUCUGCUUCCCUUCAGGAAUCUGUUCGGUCUCUUGUGUUCCAGGGAGAUCUGUAUAGAAGGGGUUGGAAAAAUGGAAAGGGGGGUCAAUAAAAUUUACCAAAAGACUCUGUAA